UUUUCUCUUCUCUCGGUUUUGUCUCAGACGGUCAGGAGUUCCUGGACUCAGAGUCCCCUGGGGAAGGCUGGAGAGCGGUCCUUUCCGCCUCACAACCCAUUGUGGGAGCCUCCAGUGGUGUUCACAGCUCGCACAUGGGAUUGAAAGUCAGAGUCGCCACCUCACACGAGUCGCCCCCGCCGCUCCCGCCCUGCUGUGCCCACAGAGGGCAAUGGCGGCGCCCGUGUGGAGGCGCGGGGCUGCGGUUGGCGUGACCUUGGAGGACAUUGCCCUGUACUUCUCCAGGGAGGAAUGGAGCCUCCUUGAUGAGGGUCAGAGACAGCUGUACCUGAAUGUGAUGCUGGAGAAUUUUGAACUUAUAUCCUCACUGGGUUGCUGCUGUGGAGCAGAGAAUGUGGAAGCAGCGACCGAGAAGAACAUUUCUGUAAGAAUGUCACAGGCAAGGAAUCCCAAGUUAGCCUUGUCUUCCCAGAAGAACCACCCCUGUGAGAAUUGUGGACUAGUCUUGGGAAACAUUUUCCACAUGUUGGAGGGACAGGGAACACAACACGGACAGAUACUGUUGAGGUGUGGGGCAUGUGCAAAUCGGUUUUACUUCAGUGUAAAAUUUCACCAGCAGCAUGUGAGAGAAAAGACUCUCAUUAGAGGUGUGGACAGGAUCUCACUUGCAAACAGCUGCAAUUUCAAUGUGUCCCAGAAUCGUUUCACAUGCGGGGAGGUUGGGCAGGGUGUCCUUACCGAAUCAAGACAUCUCCACCUAAAGGCUCCUCAGACCAGGGACAGUCCAAAUGCUAUUUCAGCGCCAGGGAUGACGUUUCAAAGGAGAAAAAAUUAUUUCAGCAGAAAAGAAUAUAAGAAAGACAUUAAUUGCACCUACACCUUUAUUCAGGAAAAGGGUGUACAUGCUGGAAGUCAGUGUUUUGUGUGCUCUGAAUGUGGGAAAGCUUUUACCAGUAGAAAUGGCCUCCAUUAUCACCUGAGUGUUCAUAGUGGAGAAAGGCCUUAUGAAUGCAAUGAAUGUGGGAAAUCUUUUCCCAGAAGCACUGACCUUCGUCGUCAUCAGAGAGUUCACACUGGAGAAAGGCCUUAUAAAUGCAGUGAGUGUGGGAAAUCUUUUACCACUAGCAGUGACCUUCAUUGUCAUCAGAGAAUUCACACUGGAGAAAAGCCUUAUAAAUGCAGUGAAUGUGGAAAAUCUUUUAGCAGCAGCACUGCCCUUCAUUGUCAUCAGAGAAUUCACACUGGAGAAAAGCCUUAUAAAUGCAGUGAAUGUGAGAAACAUUUUACCUGGAGCAUUACCCUGCGUCGUCAUCAGAGAGUUCAUACAGGAGAAAAGCCUUGUAAAUGAAGUGAAUGUGAGAAAUCUUUUUCAAGGAGCAAUGGUCUCCGAUAUCAUCAGAGAGUUCACAUUGGAGAAAGCCAUUAUAAUUAAUGUGAGUUCUCUCACAGCCA